AUGGAGGUUCAAGGUAGGACCGUUGAAGCAAGUGCUGUUGGGGAAGGAGUCUUCAACAAUCAGUUGCAGAUGCAUUCGACUGGACCGAUAUAUGCAGAUCGCUUGAGGCAACCUUCAGCAUCGACGGAUUCAACGACGCCGGCGUUGGAGAGACGCAGCGCUUCAUCGAUGGCGUGUAGUGACCCCGGGGUGUACAGAGGCACUAAGAACGAAAACUUUGAAGAAUUUUUAAGAAGGUUUAAAAGAAAGUAUGAACAGGUAACGAAGAUCAGAGGCUCCGAUGCGGUGAGACUCGGGAGAUCGGCCGGCGCCUUCUAUCCUAUGAUGUCAACGGCAGCCCAUCAGGAAAUAGCGGAAUUCUGCGCUGUAUUAGAGAAGCUAGGUAGGCAAGCCAACCCAGAAUGUACGGUGGAAGACCGAUCGUUGGAGUACGCGCAAAUCUUGUUGGAGAACCUCAGAGAGUGGCCAGAACACUACCAACUGGUUGGGGCAUUGCAUAAGGUGGACCCUCGGAGAGCUUACGAGGAAGUGAAACAAUUGGCUCUUAGUAUAGAGCAAUCGAAAAUUAUGUUUGAGGUUGGUAGGAGGCCAGCAGAUCUGAAAUGGAAAGAAAGGGCCGCACAAUAUCGUGGCUACGGGUUUGUCGAGAGAGCAGGAGCUCCAAGUUUUUCGCGCAGUAGGCCGGAGCAAGGGAGAGAUACGCCAAAUAGGGGAGAAGAACUUGGUGGAAGGGGCAACUACCAAUCUAGCAGAACCCAGAGGCAAGCACGUAAUGUGAGGCCAGCCCAGCAUGGCUCUUCGCAGGAGGGGGUCGAGAACAGAAAAUGCUAUAAGUGCUCCAAAUAUGGGCAUGUAGCAAGAGAUUGUCCAGUGCGUACGGCUAGAGUGAACCAGAUUGAGCCCAGGGAAGAGGCACCUUCCCGGAAGGACGAGACACUGUCGGCUAUUGUGAAUCGUGCUAGGUGCAUGGGGAUGUCUGUGAGAGAGAAGGGAGUAUCAGCGGACGAGCUCAUAGGGGAAAAAGUUACAGUGCCCCUUAACAUUCUGAAUGAGGAUUGUCAGGCCUUAAUUGACACGGGGUCAAUGAUAAGCAUUGUCCCAGUGGAACUACUGGCGAAAGUGCAAGACAAGGGUUUUGACCUGGAUUCCUUGGGAAUGGUGCCCAAGUCAAAGCUGAAGCCGGUGGUCGAUGCAUCGAACAAUAGGAUGGAUUUCCUUGCGGCUGUUUAUUUACCAGUCAAAUUAAAUCAAGAGACGACUCAAAACGUAGCGUUCCAUAUUAGCCCAAAAAAGGAAAUGGAGAUAAUAUUGGGUACCAAUGCGUUAGCUCGCUUAGGUAUUAACAUUUCUAUUGAAAGAGAACGGGACAGUUCAGUUAAUAAAUCAGUGAAAGAUGAAGCAAAUGAAAGCAAGGUCGUGGUAGCGGAGAGACGCUAUAUACCCCCCGGCGAUACGGCACUGGUAGAGGUAUUGUUGCCCGGCUCGCCAGAGGCGGCCGAAGUCUGGGAAAGCGGUGAUUAUGGCCAUCUGCGGGAGUCUUCACUAUUAAAGACCGGAGAACAUCGCUCCCCGUAUUCAACAAGAGUUGUCAACCCAUACUUUUUGAAAGAGGGUGAAGAUGUCGGCCGGUGGGGCACGGAUAAGUGGCUUGAGCGAUGGGAGGAGGCAAACCCACUACUGAUGGGCGCCAGAGAGGAUAACCUUAGAGCGCCGGAGAGACUGCGGGUGUUAGAAGAAUUGAUAGCGGACAACAUGGAGCCAGGGAGCAUGGAUGAGGAUCUUCAGAGAAGCGUUCGCCGUCUCGGACCAGGAAUUGAGUCAGACGGACUUAGUGCAUAUGACCAUAAAUACACAGGAGAUAGUCCCAAUAAGAUGAAAGCAAAGACCGGUUCCGCUAGGGGGGACUUGGUGAAGAGGAGCGUGAUAGAGCCUAGUAAGUCGGACUGGGCAUUUCCGAUUGUGCUGGUAGGAAAAAAAAGACGGCGGUAUCCGGUUAUGUGUCGACUAUAG